UGAAAGAGAAGCUGCUGCUGCUGUACGUGCUGUGUUGUGUAUCAUACUGUUCAUUGAUUUAUUAAGUGUUUACAGUUAGGCGCUCGGUUACACUGGGAAUACUGGAACACUUCAACCAGCUGCCGAAUCCACUUAAAGAAAGGAAGUUUUACAAGAACAAAGAGUCAAAGUGAGCAUAACUUUCAGGGAACAGAGUGGCUGAGCUGUCUGCCUGCUGUGUUUCCUGCUUCACUCAGAGACUAAAUGGCUUCCGCAUUAGAGAAAGAGCUCCGCUGUCCUGUCUGCCAUGAAAUCUUUAAAGAUCCUGUCAUCGUGUCGUGUACCCACAGCUUCUGUAGAGACUGUCUGCAGAGCUACUGGAGACAGAAACAAGAACGUGAGUGUCCAGUUUGUAAUACGAUAUCUUCAAAGUCAGAACCACCUUUAAAUCGGGUGUUAAAGAACCUGUGUGAGAGUUUCUUACUGGAGAGAGAUCAGAGAGCUUCAGAGGCUCGCUGCAGUCUGCACUCUGAGAAACUCAAACUCUUCUGUCUGGACCAUCAGCAGCCAGUGUGUGUCAUCUGCAGAGAUUCAGAAACACACUCCAACCACAGAUUCAGACCCAUCGAUGAAGCUGCAAAACAAUGCAAGAAGGAACUUCAGGAAACUCUGGAGCUUUUAAAAGAGAAGUUGAAGGUUUGUGGACACGUCGAAGAGGAGUCUGUAGAACACCUGAAGGUCCAGGCCCGACGCACAGAGACACAGAUUAAGGAUCAGUUUAAGAAGCUUUACCAGUUUCUAGAAGAGGAAGAGGAGGCCAGGAUCGCUGCACUGAGGGAGGAAGAGGAGCAGAAGAGUCAGUGGCUGAAGGAGAAGAUGAAGGCUCUGAGCAGAGAGAUAGCAGCUCUUUCAGACACAGUCAGAGCCACAGAGGAGCAGCUGAGAGCUGAAGACGUCUCAUUCCUGAUCAACUACAAGACUGCAGUAGUAAGAGUCCAGCAGAGCCCCCUGCUGGAUGAUCCACAGCUGCUCUCAGGAGCUCUGAUAGACGAGGCCAAACAUCUGGGCAACCUGAGCUUCAACAUCUGGAACAAGAUGAAGGACAUGGUCUCCUACACUCCUGUGAUUCUGGACCCAAACACUGCUGGUCCAAGACUCAUCCUGUCUGAAGAUCUGACCAGUGUGAAACUUGGAGAGGAUCAGAAGCUUCCUGAUAAUCCAGAGAGGAUUGGAUACUGCACUGUCCUGGGCUCUGAGGGCUUUAACUCAGGGACUCACAGCUGGGAUUUCGAGGUUGGAGACAAUGCAUACUGGGCUGUGGGAGUGUCAGCAGAAGGUGCCCAGAGAAAGGAAAACCUCCGGUCUGGAUUAUGGACAAUACGGUUCUGUAAAGGUAAAUACUCAGCAGUCUGCCCAUCAGAUCCCAGCAAGGAUCUCCCAGAGCAGAAGCAGCUCCAGAGGAUCAGAGUGACUCUGGACUGGAACAGAGGAAAGCUGUCGUUCUCUGAUCCUGAUACGAACACACUCAUACACACCUUCACACACACUUUCACUGAGAAGAUGUUUCCAUACAUAAGAACUGAGGAUGAACUGAAGGUUUUACCAACAAAGGUCUUUGUGACUGUAGAAAAAUAUGAUGAGGAUGAACUGAACGUUUUACCAGCAAAGCCUUCUGUGUCUGUACAACCUUUCUCUGUAUGGCAACUUGAUGAUGACCAUGAUGAUGAUUAUUAUGAUAAUAAUGAUGAUGAUGAUGAUGAUGAUGAUGAUGAUAAAGAUGAUGAUGAUGAUGAUGAUGAUGAUGAUAAAGAUGAAGAUGACGAUGAUGAUGAUAAAGAUGAAGAUGAUUAUGAUUAUGAUGAUCUUUUUAAUUACUAACUGAGCAUUGUUUGGUUUUUAAAUUGUUGUAUUUGUGCUUUCUGUGGGACUACAGAUGCAAAUUAGCCUAAGGCUAACUCUGGUGCAAUGCAUUAAAUGAUUGAUGAUUACAUUUAUGUUUAAAUUGCACAC